GCGAGCAGGAGGAGGAGGCAGCAUGGCGGCGGCGGCGGCGGCCGGGGCCGGGCCGGGCGCUGCCCCGCAGGGGCUGGGGGGGUGGCUGCGCAGCGCCUACCGGUUCGCUACCGACCGCAACGACUUCCGCAGGAACCUGCUGGUGAACCUGGGCCUGUUCGCCGCUGGAGUCUGGGUCGCCCGGAACCUGACGGACAUCGACCUGAUGGCCCCGCAGCCCGUCCCGUAGCGGCAGGAAGAGCCCCCGGGAAGCGCCCACCGGGACCAGGAGCAGGGUUCGGCCGUUCCGCCUUCCGAUGCCUCCGCCUGCAGGAGUGGGUCCCGUCCUCCUCCUCCUCCUCCUCUUCCUCCUCAGCGCUGCUGCUCACACCUCAGCCCCGUCUGGCACAGUGACAAAGGGGGGAAAGGCUUUUAGAUGCCGGAGGGAAGGUGGAUCCCUCGUGCGAGGCUCACGAGUGGCGUCUUCAGGGAUGUGAAGCCAUCAUGUGUGGGAUUUAUUCUGUACCCCCGUGGAGACGGUUAUUAAAGCCUGUACAAUAAUGACACGAC